AUGGCCGGGGCCGCGAGCUGCGCGCGGGGGCGCGGCCGGGGGGCGCCGCGGGCCGACCGGGGCCGGGACCGCCGCCGCCGCCUCUCGCGGCAGCCCGGGCCGGAGCGCGGCGGCUGCGGCACGGACCCCGGCCGCCUUCGGCAAGCGGUUGUGCUGCAGCUCGCCCGGGGAAAGAGCGCCCUUUGGUGCGCACCUCGCCGCUGUCGCCACCCUUCUGAGAGCGGCGAGAGGCGAAGCUCAGAGUCACAGAAAUACCGGGAGAAGAGUUUACUGGCACCAGAACAAGGAACUGUUUGGAAAGUAGCUUGUCUUCUUGUUUGCCAUAAAAAAUGCAUGGCAAACUUAACCAUCAUUUGCGGUCAUCGGAAACUUUGGGGGAAAACACACUUAUUUGGAGCAGAAGUCUCACACAAUGCCAAAAAGGAGCCAGAUGGCAUUCCUUUCAUAAUAAAAAUGUGUGUAUCAGAGAUUGAAAAGACAGCCUUGUGUUUACAAGGAAUUUAUCACGUCAGUGGCAACAAGGUAAAAACUACAAUACUGUGUCAAGCUCUUGAAAACGGAAGGCAUUUAGUAGAUCUGUCCGAAUUUACUUCACAUGACAUCUGUGAAGUGCUAAAAUUAUACCUUCAACAGCUACCAGAACCAUUGGUUUUAUUCUGAUGGUACCAGGAAUUUAUGGAGCUUGCAAAUGUCAUCCAACAUAUUAACCAAGAACAGAACACCAAAAGGGACAAUUCUGAAGAACACACAUAUAUAGAAAUCAACCAAAUUCUUCUCAAAACCAAGGACCUUCUAAGACAAUUGCCACCGUCCAAUUUUAACACUCUACAUUACCUUAUCAUCCAUCUUAAGCGGGUUGUAGACCAUUCUGAAGAAAAUCUGAUGAACUCAAAAAACUUGGGGGUGGUAUUUGGACCCUGUCUCAUGAGGCCCAGGCCUACAACCACUCCUGGUACCAUCUCCUCCUCCCUUGCUGCAUAUGACAAUCAGGCCCUGUUGGUAGAGUUCCUCAUUACCAACACACAGAUGAUCUUCAAUGGGUCCCUAGAGCCACAAAAUGUUUCAUGUAGUACAAAUAUUAUUGCACCUCGGGUGGAUAAAAGCUCUCCUUCCAAACCCAUGAUAUCAACAGAACAUUCCACAAAGUCACAAUAUUUUUCUACAAAGCAAGAUAUCCACACUGCAGAUAUUGAAAUUGAAAAUUUUGAAUCGGCUACAUCAUUUGAGGAAUCAGAAUGUAAGCAAAAUGCAUUGGAAAAAUGGGAUGCAUGCCUCAUUGGGGCAGACAGCACAUCAGCUUGUCCUUUGCAGCCAACUGCUGAGCCUAAAGAGAACUCUGAGGAGCUCGGCCUGCCUGAUAUGAAUCCAAUGUGCCAGGGACUCAGGCUAAAACAAAUGGGAGAGUUACAAGACCUUGAAUUUGAAAUGCCACAGUUUGUGUAG